UUGAGCAACCGGCCGCACCGAGUGGAAUUAACGAAACGAAGAGGUACUUGCCUAUCCCGGGAGUCUAGCGGGCUGGGAAUAUCAACGGCGCGCUGGCCCAGAAAGACUAGAUACAUGUUUAGCUUCUCAGCAAGGACCAAGCCAAAACAAUAUAGAUUUCUAGUUCUAGAUACUUAGAUAGAUUUUAUCGCCUUUGUUUACAAGAGAUGGCACCAGUGAUGGAUGACAGAGAGAAUGAUCAAGAUGCUGGUUUAUCUCGACGUUCCAUGCGUGACGUUGGCAAAAAGAAGGCGGGGCGCUUGUCUGCUCUGGAGAAACUGAAAAAUGCAAAGAAAGGUGGCAAAAGAUUUUAUGACGAGGAUGAGGAUAUGAGCAAUAUUUAUGAUGUCGUGGAUGAAGAUGAGUACUCCAAGAUUGUACGAGAUAGACAAGAUGAUGAUUGGAUUGUAGAUGACGACGGAGGAGGAUAUGUCGAGGAUGGAAGAGAAAUAUUUGAUGAAGAUCUUCAAGCAGAUCCAGAGGAUGAGGGAGAGAGUGCAGGAAAAAGAAACAGCAAAUCCGGUCCGAAGAAAGAUAAACAGUCCAAGAAGCCAAGCAAACCGAAAGGUGACAUCAGAAGUCUCUUCAUGAGUGCCGCCAAGCAGAAGAAGAAAUCAGAGAAGGAUGCAAGCGUCGCUGGGGAUGAACUCCUGGGCGAUAUCCUGAAUGAGAUGCACAGUGAGUCCUGUGUUCCUAUCCUGAAGCCCCUGGCUGUCAAGAAGAAGAUAAAGGUCCCUGGGUCCUCUCCUGCCAAUCGGAAUCCCUUCAGCAGCAAGACGCCAACGCGACCCAUGCCUAAGACCAUGACCCCUCGCACCAUCACCUCCGAGAAGUCGGCUCCCGUCUUGAUACCACGGCAACGCAUCACCUCCAAACAAGUAAAGAGGGAGAUGAUACACGAAGCAGGCGACUCGCAGCAGAGCAAGAGGGCGAGGGGCGUGGUCGUGAAGACGGAACCGGUAGAGGAUUUUGAUGAUGUUGAUGUUGAUGGUAGGUGCAUGAUUGAUGUGGAUGAUCAAACAGACUUUGAUAUCGACGAUGAUGACAUGAACGUUAAGAAGGAGAAUGGCAAGGUGAACGUGAAAGAGGAGGAGAUGGAAGAGGAGGAGGAGGAAGAAGAAAAACCACAGAUGUCUGUCAAGUCAGACAUCAACCCUGAGGUGUGCUCUACCACUGGAUGGGAGACCAUUAAAGGAGAGCUGGAGGAGGACUAUGUCAAGAUGGAUGUUAAGGUGGAUUCUUCCUCGUUGCCCCUGACAACCAAUGAGGAGGGAGAGAAAGUAUUGAGGAUGUACUGGCUUGAUGCCUAUGAGGACCCCUACAAACAACCAGGAACAAUUUUUCUCUUCGGCAAGGUAUAUAUCGAGGAGGCUAAGACCCAUGUCAGUUGCUGUGUAGCCGUCAAGAACAUUGAAAGGAAGGUCUACCUACUACCAAGGGAAAAGAAGAGGAAUCUGAAGAAGGGUGUAGAUACCGACAAGGAUGUGACUAUGAUGGAUGUCUAUCAGGAGUUUGAUGCCAUGACAACCAAAUACAAGAUCAUGAAGUUCAGGUCAAAGAAAGUCACCAAGCAGUAUUGCUUUGAGAGGUCUGACAUCCCAGCUGAAUCAGAGUACUUGGAGAUCAGAUAUGGGGCUGAUGUCCCUCAACUGCCCAGUGAUUUGCAAGGAGAAACUUUCAGUCACAUCUUUGGAGCGAACACAUCAUGUAUGGAACUACUUCUCUUGGAUCGUAAACUAAAGGGACCCAGCUGGCUUGACAUCAAGUUCCCCCAGUUGCCUACACAAGCCAUCAGCUGGUGUAAGGUCGAGACGUACAUCACCAAACCCGACUUCAUCACAGUCAUCAAGGACCUGACUCCGCCCCCUCUGGUUGUCAUGACAAUCAACCUCCGCACAGUACUGAAUCAGAAGACGCAUCGCAAUGAGAUCGUAGCUGUCGCAGCUCUUGUGCAUCACAAGUUCCCGUUAGACAAGGCACCACCCAAGCCCCCUUUCCAGCAACAUUUCUGUGCUUUGAGCAAGCCAAUUGACUGCAUCUUUCCAUAUGACUUCAAAGACGCUAUAAGGAAAAAGAACAUGAAGGUGGAGAUCUUGCCGUCAGAAAGAGCUCUCUUGGGCCUGUUCUUAGCUAAGAUCCACACAGUCGAUCCAGAUGUCAUAGUGGGUCAUGACAUCUAUGGGUUUGACCUUGAUGUCCUCCUUCAUCGAAUCAGCGCUACCAAGACGCCUCACUGGUCCAAACUAGGAAGACUCAAACGUGGAACCAUGCCUAAACUUAGUGGUGGUACAGGGAGAGGCAGCACUUUCACGGAGAAGAAUGCGACGUGCGGCCGCAUGGUGUGCGACGUCAAGAUCUCAGCUAAAGAGCUGAUGCGAUUUAAGAGCUACGAUCUUACAGAGCUUUCCAGUCAGAUCAUUCAUGAGAAGAGGGUGGAGAUUCCUUAUGAUCGCAUCAAGGAUAUGUACACGACAUCUCGUGAGCUGACCUACCUUGUAGAGAUGACCUGGAAGGACGCUUUCUUCAUCUUACGUCUCAUGUGUGAACUCAACGUAAUACCUCUAUCACUACAGCUCACUACCAUCUGUGGAAACGUAAUGUCUCGUACUCUGAUGGGAGGGCGCUCUGAGCGUAAUGAACAUCUGCUCCUUCAUGCCUUCAAUGAGAAGAACUUCCUCUGCCCAGAUAAAGAGUACAAGAAGAAAACCCAGGCCGUCAAUAUGGAUGGAGAUGAUGAGCAGGAGAGACCAACAAGGUCCAAGAACAAACCAUCCUACGCCGGAGGGCUGGUCCUGGAUCCUAAAGUCGGUUUCUACGAUAAGUUCAUCCUCCUGCUAGAUUUCAACAGUCUGUACCCGUCGAUCAUUCAGGAAUACAACAUCUGCUUCACAACCGUGGUUCAGACACCCUCAGACAAGGAUGGAUCAAAUGAUGACUGGAUGCCUGAAGUACCAGACAGUGAUCUGACCGAUGGGAUCUUACCAACGGAGAUCCGUAAGCUGGUCGAACGACGUCGUCAGGUCAAAGGUCUCAUGAAACAGCCUGAUCUUCAUCCAGACAUCAGAUUACAGUAUGACAUCCGCCAGAAGGCUCUGAAGCUCACGGCCAAUAGUAUGUACGGGUGCCUUGGAUUCUCUCAUUCAAGGUUCUAUGCUAAACCCCUGGCUGCACUGGUUACUAGCAAAGGAAGAGAGAUCUUGAUGCACACCAAAGAACUGGUUCAAAAGAUGAAUCUCGAUGUGAUCUAUGGAGACACUGAUUCUAUCAUGAUCAACACCAACUCUACAGACCAUGAUACAGUCUUCAAGCUUGGCAACAGGGUCAAGACAGAGGUCAACAAACUUUACCGUCUACUGGAGAUCGACAUCGAUGGUGUCUUCCAGUCCAUGCUCCUACUGAAGAAGAAAAAGUAUGCUGCCAUCACUGUUGAACGUUUGCUAGACGGCACCCUGAAGACAUCCAAGGAGAUGAAGGGUCUCGACAUCGUUAGGAGAGACUGGUGUGACUUGGCUAAGAAAGUUGGAAGUUAUGCCAUUGAUCAGAUCUUGUCUGCAGACUCAAGGGAAGUGAUCGUCGACAACAUCCACUCUCAUCUGGUAGAACUUGGAGAGAAGGUGGCAGCAGGCACCAUUCCACUGGACCAGUAUGAGAUUAAUAAGGGUCUGACCAAAGCACCUCAGGACUACCCAGACAAGAAAAGUCUACCUCACGUCAACGUAGCGCUGCGUCUCAACAGUCAGGGAGGGGGCAAGCCAAUCGGGGCUGGGGAUACAGUCUCCUACAUCAUCUGUGUGGAUGGAUCUAAUCUACCGGCGGGUCAAAGGGCGUAUCACCCUGAUGAGCUAAGGAAGCAGGAGCACCUCAAGGUUGAUACCAAGUACUAUCUGGCUCAGCAGGUCCAUCCUGUCGUCUCUCGUCUCUGUAAUCCCAUCGAGGGCACGGAUGCUGCUCAUAUUGCAGAGUGUCUAGGCCUUGAUGCGUCAGGUUAUCGUCAGUCCGUCCGUCAUUACGAGGACGAGAAUGACGCGCUUCUAGGAGCCCAAGAGGAUGACGAAGAGAGGUUCAAAGAUGCAGACCGAUUCAAGUUCAUCUGCCCGAACAGCGCUUGCAAGAGAGAGAACAUCGUUGAUAGCGUGUUCACUGGCACGGGAUCGUUGGCAGAAGCCCGCCUGAGUUACUGUGACAGUCGCUGCGGCACAGUGCCAGCUGAUCAUGUGACCAUGCUUGGCAACAAGCUCCGCCUUCUCACCCGCAGCUACGUUCAGAAAUACUAUGCUGGUUGGUUGAUAUGUGAGGAUACCUCAUGUGCACAUCGGACCCGCAGGUUGCCUCUGAACCCACAUCGACAGGGGUUUGUCUGCCCAGUUUGUCAGAGAGCUGUUUUAAGACCAGAGUACUCUGACAAGGAGCUGUAUACACAGCUGUGUUUCUUCCAAACUAUCUUCGACUAUGAGAAGGCACUCACCGAAAACAAUGACAAAGCUAAAUCACGUAGCCAAGAACCGGCGUCUGUGAGGGCAGCAUACCAGACGUUAAAGCAGAUCAUUGAUGUACGUCUGGCAGCGAACGCCUACUCCGAAGUGGACCUAUCCAAACUGUUCCAUGGCCUCUUUCUCAUGAAGUAACUUCACAUUGGUUUCCCAUCCAGCUGACUUAUGGUGUACUUCUCAAAUAUACCCAUUUACCGUCUUGAUCUAUGGGCUUCUGAGGCUAAGAUAGAGUGGCAUAUAAAGAUGCAAGCAUGCUUAGCCACAGUAUCAUAAAUGUAAAUAAGAAAUAACAAAGUUCCCAAAAUAGAGCCCUGAGGGACACCAUAUGAUAUUGAUUUGUAAAAAAAUAAUGAGAACUUACAUAUAUAAAUCUUAAGGUGUCAUAAAUAUUGGUGAAUUAAAAUUCUAAUUUGAAUUACAUGAAUAAUAGUUUCGACCAGAUUAAUGCUAAUCACGGUUUUUAUCAGCCCCAUAUUCUCAUGAUAUGGUUCGACCUGUAUGCCAUAUAAUUAUGAUUUUAAACAUUUAUUCAUUUUGUGUUCUAGAUGUGUCUUUAAGAUCCACUUCCUCGUGCUAAGCUAUCUAAUUCAGGUUUGGGUCUAUGGACAAAAUGUACCUAAAGCAAAUUUUAUAUCCAAUGGGUUAUCAAAACUUCUCCAUCCUUUAGUGAUUAUAUAUUGUAAUCCAAUUCUUGGAUGAAAUGGCAACUGGAUUAGCAAUGAAAGGUUUCUAAACUUCUUGACCCAAGAUUUACGCUGAUCAUAUGUGAUGUUCGCUACAAAACUUGUGACAAAAAUGAGUUGCCACUCGCGAUAAUAAUAAUAAUAAACGUUAUUUGUAUAUCAGUAAACAUAGCAGAAAUGGUGUUUGGGGUUGGAAACAUAAAGUUUAUUGCUUUAUCGUAAUUAGAAUCUCUAAUUACUUAUCUAUAGUCUGACUGAUUAUCAGGUUUAACAUUCAUACAAGAAAUGGUUGCCAUCAGUAUAUGUGGAAUAUUAUAUUACUUUAAACAAUACUCCAUGAUAGCCAACAGCGUUUUCACUUUAUAAA